AUGUCUAGAACAUUCCUUCUAAGAAUAGCCACUGAAGAGUCUAUAAAGACGAAAGGGCUGGUUGAGCCAUACACCCCUCGAUCUGUCCGCCCGUCAGCGUACAAAUUUGGCGUUGAUGACUUCGAAGCAUACCGAUUGCAAUGCGAGAACAUCAUCAAACACCAACAACACGGUCGGGCUGCCUUGCUGAGGGGUGGAUUGGUGGGUAGGAUAGCCAGUGAGUUUCUGAGCGUCGACGAUGGGCUGGCUGGCCCCUCUAAGGAAAUCAUUCAGAACCGGCAGGGGUUCAUCGUGCCAGCUGGCGACACGACUUGGUGUUAUUGCGACGACCAGCUCACGGAGAACGAGCUGUCCAUUAUAUGCGGCACCUACACGCUGUACACAGCUACUAAAGGUCAAAUAACUGUAAAAUCGUGGUUCCCUCCCCCGAACCUGUGGCAGGUGCCCUCCAGCAUGAACGGAUCACAAUGGGUGGAAUGGACGCCUGCCAACGAGGCAUGGUACCGUGAACGCGUAGAAGACAUCCGCACUCGGCAGGCCCAGCCAUUAACAAGAGUGCAAUGGAAAUCAAUAUUGCGCGGCACUCCUCCCAGUAGGAAGCUUCUGGCGGCAGCGUCUCAACGAGCUCAGGCCUUUGUCAACGGGCACGUACCGGUGGUGCCAACUUAUCGUGUUCGCCCAGGCCUGUAG